AUGGCGGGUAGUCUCGAGAUCGAAGAGAAAGGGGAUAUAACUUCCAAGGAGAUCGAAAAUGCAGGCCCAGAGGCUCCGUUUUGGUCCCCGGAAGAGGAGAAAACUCUAGUGAGGAAAAUUGAUUUGGUCCUCCUGCCUAUGGUCUGGAUUAUGUACUUGCUGUCGUACAUGGACCGAACAAAUAUCGGAAACGCAAAGAUUUCGGGCAUGGAGACUGAUUUGGACCUGACAUCGGACCAAUACUCUAUUGCCUUAGUUGUGUUCUUCAUUGGCUAUGUUGUCUUUGAAGUGCCCAGCAAUAUGCUCCUCAGUCGAGUAAGACCAUCCCUGUUCCUGUCAGGGAUUAUGGCGCUAUGGGGCGCAUUGACCUGUGUCAUGGGCGCCGUCAAGGACUUCAAACAACUCGUGGCUUUGCGCGCAAUCAUAGGCAAGUACUCGAGGAACCUCAUCUCCGAAUACUUAUCUAAUGGCCGAUUUGCACCAGGCGUUCUCAUGGUGAUUGCAUCCUGGUAUAGGCGGACGGAACAGGCCAAGCGAUUUGGUGUUUAUAUCUCCGCUGCUAUCCUAUCCGGUGCCUUUGGAGGCCUGCUUGCAGCUGUAAUCGUCAAAGGGCUGGAAGGAGCGCACGGAAUCAGAGGCUGGCGUUGGCUCUUUAUCGUGGAAGGAGCUGCAACGGUUGGGGUUGCCUUGAUUGCAGCCUUUGUCCUCCCAGACUUCCCUGCCACGUCCAAGAGGUUCUCAGAGCGACAGCGAAGCAUUGCCGUUGCCAGAUUAGCAGACGAUGUCACUGCGAUGACCCAAGACAGUGAGCAACUGUCGCCCCAGCAAGCUAUGAUUGAUUCGGUUAAGGAUUGGCGAACCUGGAUGUUUGUCGUAGGGUACAUGGUCAUCGUUGGCUCUAGUACGCUCUCGUACUUUUAUCCCACUUUGAUCGAAGGUCUCUUCGGAGAUUCCUCCACCGAGAGGACAAACUUCCUGACCAUCCCUAUUUAUGGCGUUGCAUUUUUCUGCACAUUGAUCACAUCCUAUUUCAGUGAUAAAAUCCCGUCAUGGCGAGGCCUCAUAAUCUCUUGCUGGUUGACGUUCUCGCUUAUAUGUUCAAUCGCGGUGUGUGCAGUGUAUGAUUACACCGCUCGAUAUGCGCUUCUCGUGCUCAUGGCUUCUGGUCUGUGGACGACUAAUGGAAUGAGUCUUGCCUAUGCCUCGUCAGCAUUUUCGAGCAUGCAUCCACAGACAAGGGGUAUAAGUCUCGCGUUGGUGAAUGCUCUAGGAAACCUAGCGCAGAUCUAUGGCUCGUACCUGUUUCCGGAAUCCGACAGUCCAAAGUACACCAUGGGAUUUUCCGUCAUAUCAGCAAUGUUAGCCUUGGGUGUUGUAGUAUACCUGGCGUUGCACUUCUGGUUCCGCCACCGUGCAAAGCACACAGAAAAUGAACAACAAGAGGAAUGA